AAGCGUCUAUCCACUUCUGCGUUCACCACUAGCAAAUUCCUGAUUUCAAAAGAGUUCAUGGUCGAGCAGUGGAAUAAUGACUGUCUCUGCACCCAAUGCACGACUCACCACUCUACAUCGCGCAGAUGGCUCGGCGACAUAUAGCCAUGGAGGCUAUUCUAUCCUGGGCAGUGUCAAUGGACCGAUCGAGGUAACAAGGAGGGACGAAUUACCUGAAGAAGCUGCCGUCGAAGUGAUUGUCAGACCCAGCGUAGGUGUCGGCUCACCUAAAGAGCGACAUCUAGAAAGCAUCAUCCACUCCCUUCUCCGUAGUGUUAUCCUCACGCGCAAGCUACCCCGCUCGCUCAUUCAGAUUGUUCUUCAAGUCAUGACGCUCCCCGAAGAAAGUGAGGAGAGCAUGAGUCCUACUGCCUCCACAUGUUCGCUUCCACUUCUCCCACACCUCCUUCAAACCGCCCUGCUCGCCCUCUUAUCCUCCGCUCUCCCGCUCAGCAUGACAUUUUCUUCCAUCUUAGUCGCUCUCUCUUCCCGAGAUCACCAGGACGUUCCCACGUUCUCCCCAACACCGCAAGGCAUUCGCUCCGCAACUUCGCUCCACGUUUUCACAUUUAGCCAACGCGGCCGCUGUCUGAUAUCUGAAAGCAGCGGGACAUUCUCGUUUAAUGCGUACGUGGAAGCAUACAAGGUUGCAGAGAAGAUGUGCACAGACCCUGUAGGCCAAGACCAGGACGAAGACAUCAUGGUCGGAUUAGACGAGCCGGCACAUAAUCUGACUAGUUUUGUGCGAAGCAAAGUCGCCGAAAAGGUGGAGUCAGAGCAACGAUGGCGUCGAAAUUCUUGAGAAGCUUUGGUCUGUACUAUGUACGACUAUCACAAAAGCGUUGUCAAUCUGUGGUGCCAAGCCGGGCAAAGAUAGGGGUGAUGCUAUGAAGCUUGACCGGCCAUAUACGAACUUUUGGAGGGUAGAAAAAUUGCCACAGGAGCAAUGUCGUGCUGCGCCACAAUAGUCCGAGGUCGACGCCACAAUUCGCAGCAUAGCCCCAAACGCACGCAUCUCUUGAUUGCCUACCACAAGUAAAGUCCUCCAAGCGAGCUCACAGAUGACGAAGCUAGGGAAGGGGUUUGGUUGUAGAUUAAAAAUGAUAUGAUAUAUGACUCAAAGUAUGAACAAGAUUAUGUAUGAUGAGAUAGUUUCGAUGCCCACCGAACGCCGUGUCUUUGCAGUCAUAUGCAUGCUCAACUGUAUACGCAGACAACAAAAGUCUGCGCCUUAGUGGAAGCGAUAGUAUGUCUUAAUGAUAAAUGUAUAG